AUGUAUCCUGCUAUUAUAUUUUUGAUUAUAGUUGUAAUUGUAACUAUAUUAGAUGUGUGUCCCCAAAUCCCCAAGUUUUAUGCAAGAAAAUUAACUCAUAUGAUUUGUGGUAUACUUAUUUUAAUAUUUGAUAUAAUUUUAAAUGAAAGAUGGAAUCAAUCUCAAACUUUAUCAAAAAAUGGGACAACAUAUAGUCAAUAUAAUGUCUAUUUUAUAUACUUCGUUGCAGUCGUUUCGAUACUCAGAUGUUUUUUUUACCCAUUCAGGUUUGGAGAAUAUCGAGACUAUGGGAUAAUUGUUUAUAACAUGAUUGUGCCAUUAUUUUUUUUUUUCAAAUUGCCUUUGUACGUUUUAACACCCAUAUUUUUUGCUGACCCUAUAGCAGCUAUUGCGGGUCGUCAUUUUCCAAAGAGCAAGAUAUACAAAAAUAAGACGCUGCAUGGGACGCUAGCAUGCUUCUUAGUUUCUUUAAUAUCCCUAUUUUAUGUGAAAAACUACAUUCAUGCUUUAAUUUUAAGUGUAACACUAACUCUUUUGGAAUUAUAUGGAGGAUCCCUUGAUAAUUUUUUUAUGUGUUUCCCUAUAAUGAUUUAUAUGACAUUUUUUAAUGUAUAA